AUGGAGUCAGGACAGCAGCCUGAGUGGAAAGCUGUAUCUCAGGAAGCUGGUCGGACCGAAGAUGCCGACGAGCAACCGGGUGAACACGGGCUCUGUUGGCGGCAAACGGAAUUUGGCAUUCUGGCAUUUAAAAUAAAUGAAGACGGAUCUAAAACGUGGAUUCGAUUUGAUAACGAUGGCAACGGUACAGAGGUUGUUUUCGAUGAAGCUGGCCAGGCGUAUUAUGUUGACGGGGAAACAACAAUCCCUGUGGCACCGCUGGACCCCAGCCUGCAUGGCCCAGAACAUGAUUCCCUUGAGAGAAGCACAGCAGAAGCUGCAGAGGCACCAGUUACAGUCUCGCAGGAAACGUUCGGCAGAGGCGCGGCUGCGUCCCAGGUUGAAAUGCUUACACAGAAAGACAAAUGGCUUAACAGUGAUUCUCACCUCCAGAUGACAGCAGCAGGGCAGAAUCUCUAUCAAGACUCCCCCACAGAAUGCAGUGACGAGAACGGGACAACAAAUCCGGGAGCUGAAAAUGAGGAUGAGAACACGCAACAUCACUCUUCAAAGCCUGGUACUGCGGCGAUACAGCCUCGCAGCACUGUGGACUGCUUGAAAACGCCAGUUUGCGGCUCUUCCCCUUUGGCCCUGCUUUCAACUGCAAGUGAAGAGCUGACAACCCAAAUAGGCAAGAAGCGCGCCAUAUCUGUCGUCCUCAGCGGCGUGCAGAGCCCCGCGGGAGCUAGCGGUGAUCUGCUGUCACUUUGGGGAGAAGCUAAAAGUGCAAAGCCAACAGAAGAGGGAGGGCUGACGACUGCGCAGCAGACGCUGCUGCGCCUACAGCAGCUGGGGGUUCCCGAGCGACUAGAAAGAAUAGUGGAAGAAGAGAAAACACUGGCAGAAGCCCCAACCUCCGUCCUUGGCAGCUGCCAAGAUGCACUUUGCCCGUCUGCAGAAUCCCUCAGCCCGCACACAGUCCUUGAAGAAAACGUGCAGGCUCGAAGGGAUGAAUCCGGGAGUGAGCCACUGCGUCUGGCUUACUUUUCUGUUCCUGAGCACAACAUUUCAGAGCCUUCUGCUGAAGAAGAGCCGAUUGAAGACAGCAAUUUGUUAAAAGAUAGAACGCAGAAGGCCCAACAGCCGACUCCCACAGCUUCUUCAUCGCUGUGCUGGAACUUAUGCCAUUGCGGGGCGAUCUCGCAAACGGACGUAGGCACAGAAGAGGCUCCUCCGCCCUUGCCUUCUGAGCAGGCAACGUCAGCAGAAACAGCAGAAGCCAAAGCACCUGCAGAGGCCGAGGCUACAAAAAGUGAUGAAGAUCUCAAUAUUAUUACGGCGACUUCGCCGCCUGCUCCAGUAGAGACUGCCUCUCGAAGCUUCGAACAGCAGCAGCAACCUGCCUCAGUUAGCGCCCCGCAGAAGAGCGAAGCCUAUGUAAGGCCUGUAGAGACUUACCAGGCGAAAGACAAGGAGAAGGGAGAGAGACCGGCUCAGGUUGUGUACAUCGACCAUUACCCCGAGCCUUUUGUGAAGAGCUACUUUGGUGAUGAUGGAACUGUUGAGAUGCCGAGUGACUGGAGAGACAUCCGAUUCAACACGGCCACAGACAUUUUGUAUGCAGCAGGAACGGCUAUGAGUGUAGUGGCGGCUGGGGGAGCUGUUGUCCUGGGGACUGCGGCGCUGACUGCAGGGCUGACUGUCGGCAUUGCAGCCCUUGAAAUAUACAAGCGCGUAGCGAAUAACUAUGACAUAUGA